CCCGCCGCAGCCGCCGCCGAGCCCCGGAAGCGGGAGCCUCGCGAGGGGGAGGAGAGGACCGGCCUCUUCUCGCCUGUUGCUCCCGUGCGUCCUGCUCGCCGGCACUGCAGCGCGCUCUGCUCCGUCGGGGAGCCGCCCGCUGACUCUGCCUCCGCCGGGAGCGGCGCGCUCGGCGGGCGACCAUGCCGAAGAAGAAGCCCCUGCCCAUCCAGCUGAACCCCACGCCGGACGGCUCCGCCAUCAACGGCACCAGCGCGGCCGAGACAAAUUUGGAAGCCCUGCAGAAGAAGUUGGAAGAGUUAGAGUUGGACGAGCAGCAGCGGAAGCGUCUCGAGGCGUUCCUCACUCAGAAGCAGAAAGUCGGGGAGCUGAAAGAUGACGACUUCGAGAAGAUCAGUGAACUGGGUGCAGGGAAUGGCGGUGUGGUCUUCAAAGUGUCGCACAAGCCUUCUGGUCUCAUCAUGGCAAGGAAGUUAAUUCACCUGGAGAUCAAGCCAGCGAUCCGGAACCAGAUCAUCCGCGAACUGCAGGUCUUGCACGAAUGCAACUCUCCCUACAUAGUGGGCUUCUACGGAGCGUUUUACAGCGACGGAGAGAUCAGCAUUUGUAUGGAGCACAUGGAUGGCGGCUCCUUGGAUCAGGUCCUGAAAAAAGCUGGCAGAAUCCCGGAACAGAUCCUGGGCAAAGUUAGCAUCGCUGUAAUAAAAGGUCUCACGUACCUGAGAGAGAAACAUAAGAUAAUGCAUAGAGAUGUUAAGCCUUCCAACAUUUUGGUAAACUCCAGAGGGGAGAUCAAGCUUUGCGAUUUCGGCGUCAGCGGGCAACUGAUCGAUUCCAUGGCCAACUCCUUCGUGGGCACCCGGUCGUACAUGUCUCCCGAGAGAUUACAAGGGACUCACUAUUCAGUACAGUCGGACAUCUGGAGCAUGGGGCUCUCUCUGGUGGAGAUGGCCAUCGGCAGGUACCCGAUCCCUCCACCGGAUUCGAAGGAGCUGGAGCUCAUGUUUGGCUGCCCCAUUGGGGGCGACUCGCCCGUCUCGGAGACAUCACCCAGGCUAAGAACACCGGGCCGGCCAACGAGCGCCUACGGCUCUGACACCCGGCCGCCGAUGGCCAUCUUCGAACUCCUCGACUACAUUGUCAACGAGCCACCUCCAAAGCUUCCCAGCGGAGUCUUCAGUCCGGAAUUCCAGGACUUUGUGAACAACUGCUUGAUCAAAAACCCAGCGGAGAGGGCCGAUCUCAAACAGCUCAUGGUCCACUCGUUCAUCAAGAGAUCGGAUGCGGAAGAGGUGGACUUUGCGGGCUGGCUGUGUUCCACCAUCGGCCUCAACCAGCCGAGCACCCCGACCCACGUGGGCUGAGUCUCAGCCAUGGGCACUGCCACCAGGAACCCACCGAGUGCUGUCGUCCCGCACCCUUCAUUCCACGCGAGACCCGAUGGGGACCCGUCGAAACCAACGGGAGCAACGCUUGGUGAAUUUUCCCCCAUCCCCGAGCCACCCACGUGUCCAAACGACGCUGUUUUGGUCCUGUCUCUCAGAGCUAACGUGUGUUCUCUCCUCCCCGUCACCUCUCCCUAGCACCCUGGCACCGACGAAUGAUCUCUCUCUACUGUGCAUGUGCCAAAUUCUUUUCCACGUCAAACUGUCCCCCGCAGUGGGCCUAAUCAACGGCUGUUUGGUUUGAUGUCUCUUGUUAACUGCCCAAUCAUGUGAUGCUUUUAAGCUAGCAAGAUGCCGAUUGGGAGUGGAUGUCGGCAGUCUGGGGAGAAAUCCCACUGGAGCGCCUGCCUCCGUCCCCCUAGGGUGUUUUGGUCUUGAGCCUUUCGUAACUUGGUUGGUACUUUGCUGGUCUCCUGAGCAAAACAGUUGCCCCCCCCUCCUUCCCGCCCUUCGCUUUGGUUCCUGCUUCUCCCAGCCAGAGGCCUCCGUUUGCUCAAAGUGCUCUCACCGAAUGUCAGCAGAACCUUCCCUCCGCACGCUUCUCCCCCAACACCACGUUGGGAUCCUCCCUAUUUAUUUCUUUCUCAGUGUCUUGCUGGGUGUUUCAAGAUCGCUUCAGUGACGCGCAUCUCUCCUCCCGUUAACGAGCCGCCUUGUAUUUUGAGCCUGGGCAGCGGGAGAGCCGGCCUCCGACAGAACCCGAAAUUUAAGACGCGUGCGCCCAGAGCAUCGCUCCCUCUCGCGCUCCCGCUGAAAUUUCCGAGACAUGACAAUUGUGCAUACUUUUGUGUUUGAAAAAACCCUUUUGAUCAUUUUAUUCCUUCAGAUGUCGAACAUUUCCAUCUUACACUAAUAAAUAUAUUAUGAGGUUGCUUCGGGGAAUGGAUUUUUUUUGUUUGUUUAAAAAUAAAAUGAGAACAGAGUCAAUGUGAAUCGCUGUCGGGGUAGUAUUAGGAGACGCCAGGCCUCUGUCUCGAAAGUGUUGUCUCUACACCCCACCCCAGCAUGUGCUACAGGUACCAUUCCCACAGCAGCACCACAAAAAGAGGUAACGGGUACCUAUCGGCUGGCUGUUCAAGUGCCUCAGGAGGGGCCCCACACGUUCGGUUAAUUCUCCCCCAACAACCUCCCCCCUGCCCCCAAUUCAUACAUCAAUGAUCUCAAUGAAAGUGCGUUGGGACUUCCAUCCCAGGGCAGGUUGGUGGGAGCUGUCCUCAGCACCUCCGAGGGCUCUUUUUGUAGCAGGGGACUCCUUUGCAUAUUAGGCGACACACCCCUAAUGUAGCCAA